GCUUUAAUUAAAAGCUAUAUAAAUCCCAAAUAAUUUAUAAGGACCUAAACUAAAAUUGCAAACUAAUUCACUGCAAAGCAAGUUGAAAUUAUUCGUUUCAAACAUUUAUUUCAAAAAUAAAUUUUUGAAAUUUUUUAAAAUGACUAAUUUGUGAAAAUUAUUCUUUACGGAAGGUAAUUUUUAAUAUAAUUAAUAUAAACUGGCUAAUAUAAUUAAUAUUAUUAAUAUAUUUAAUAUAAACUGAAUUAUAUACAGAAAUAUCAUAUUCCACAUAUUAUGGAAUCACACAAUCCAUACUCACAUCAUCAUCAUCAUUCUCGGCUUAACGUCCGUUUUCCAUGCUAGCAUGGGUUGGACGGGGUAUAUUAAUGACCCUCUUCCAAUCUGAUCUAGACUGUGUUAGAUCUAAACUCAACUUCCUUUGUAUCAACUCACCUUUUUAACAUAUUUUAAAACUAUAUGUAGCUGUGUGGAUGUCUUUUUAAUACAGUUGGCACAAAGUGUGUGAAUUUUUUUUUGACAAUGGUAAAUAUAUGUGUAUACAUUUUUAUAUAGCGAAAUCUUCAAGAAUCAUUUGUAUUGGUUGGUACCAUAACAGUUAUUACAAGGAAUGGGACUGAUGGCAUGGCCUAUCCUAUUAUCUUGGGAAAAAAAUGGUAACAAUUGGAAAGUUCAAACAUCGUCUACGUCAAAUAGUUUAGAAAGUAUGUUGAUGAGAGAAAAUAUCAGGUUGAAGAAGAAAAUUUCAGAGCUCGAGAACCAACUUUCAACAGACUCUACAAGCUUACCUAUAGAAAAAAACCGCAAAAAAUGUCCAUUACAGUCAUGUGAUAGUUGUGUUACAAAUUUAUCUCGGCACAUGAUAGAAGUACACUAUUGGCCCCAGAGUAAGGCAAAAUAUUGCGUUGGCAUAUACGGAUUGAGGAAACCAGGUGUUAGGUUUUAGGUUGUCGAAACAAAAGAAUGAGUUUGCACCUCCAAGACGUCCACAAACUAUCAAAAGGACCUUACUAUUAUAGUAUGUUGAAAUUAGCCAGGGUGUGUGACGUUGCAUCAAACAACGAAGUACACAUAUGACAUCCAUCCCUGCCAAGCAUGUCGCCACUGAUGAUCGCCACUGAUCCGAAGUAACAGAUUCGGAUAGUGACAUGGAAGAUGACGAAGUGGUUGACUCUGCUGAAAUUUUAGAGAGGUUUGUGACAUAUAAAAUUUCAGUUGAUGGAGGGAAG